GUACCAGCACUGAAGGCAACAGCGAAGGGCAUUCCGCUAACAACCUCCUGGGUUCCAAAGUGGCCUUAUUCGCAGGAAUCACAUCAGGAUGCAUCAUCGUCAUCGUCAUCAUCCUCACCUUGGUGGUAUUGCUGCUCAAGUACCACAGGAGGCACCACAAACGUACCACAGCCAAGCGAGGUGGCAACAACUAUGGCUGGGAACCCAGUGAUGUUCUCAUACCGCUAAGGACUGCAGACAGUGUCUUCCGCCCACACUAUGAGAAGGUCAGCGGGGACUAUGGGCACCCAGUGUACAUCAUGCAGGAGAUGCCCCCACAGAAUCCUGCCAACAUUUACUACAAAGUCUGAAGCCUGGGACCUUCGCCUCCCAAGGGAACUCUCACCUUGUUGUGGGUGCAGGGACUGAGCCUGGCUCUGGGGGCGGAAUGCCUCCUGGAAGAGCCUGGAGCUGGACAGUUUUGUAGGCUGUAGCUUUUCAGCCUUGGGGAACCACAGACCCUCCCCUGAAACUGGAAGACUGCUAAGAGAUCCCCACUUGGACUGCUGUGUCCCUGUGGGGACCUCUAUGCCAUGCACCCAGCCAGGCACUCAGGACUCUGCAGAUCCCGGGGAGGAUAUGGUGGGCUAUGGGUGAUGCAGCAGUACCUUAGGAGAAAGUUGCACCUCUGCCUCUGUGUUUCCUGACAUGUGCACUGGACCUCGGGUAACCUCAGUAAGGUUUUCAAAGAUCCCUAGCAUUUGAUCCUCACUACUUCUGUUUCCAGGGCUCUGCAACGCCUCCCCAGACCCCUCACUCCACAUCCUGUAUCAUUAAGGGACACUCACCACGGAGCCCUGGCCCCACCCUUUACACCAAGAUGAGAUUAAAUGUGUAUUAGGUA